AUGGCGACUGCAGAUCAGUUGAUCGCCAGCCUGCAGGGCGUCGACGCCAAGUCGUUCGCCAGCGAGGCCGAGCGGGUUCGAGCCCGAGAUGCCGUGUUCGAGGCGCUCAGGAGGAUCCAGUCGCCAUGGGACAUUGCCUGGGACCACAACUGGGUCACCGGCGCCAUCAACGCCGCCAUCAAAACCCUCAUCGACGCAGGCGUCUUUACAAAAUGGGCCGAAGCCGGCGGCGAGCCCAUCACCUGCACCAAGCUUGCCGAGCUCACGGGCGCUGAUGAGCUGCUCAUCAGACGCAUGAUGCGUGCCAUCGCAGGGCAGCACCUCGUGACCGAGGUCGGGCCAGACACGUACGCACGAACGGCGUGGGCGCGAGCGCUGGCCGAGGACGGGUCGUUCGCGGGCAUGUACGGCGGGUUCUACCACGAGCUCAACAACCCCAUGUUCCGCACGCUUCCCUACUACCUCAAGUCAACUGGUUUCCGCAACCCGACCGACGUCAACGACUGCAACUUCCAGUUCUGGCGCGGCCAGGGGGCCAACAUGUUCCAGUACGUCGGCACCAACCCGCUGCUGACGUCCGACUUCAACGACGCCAUGGAGUGCCACUCCAAGUACAACCUGACCCCCUGGGUCGACAUUUACCCGACCGAGACCAUCCUCGCCGCGGCCGGGGAGCGUCACUCAGGCAAUGCCGACGGUUCCACCCGCCCCCCGCUCGUAGUCGACAUCGGCGGCGGGAAAGGGCACGACCUGAGGAAAUUCCUCGCACGCCACCCAGACCUGCCAGCGGGGAGCCUAGUACUCGAGGACCUCCCGGACAUCCUCAAGUCGGCCGAAGCCGAUCUCGAGUCAACCGCCGCCAUCACGGUACAACCGCACGAUUUCUUCACCCCGCAACCCCCCGCUCAGCACGGCGCGCGCGUGUACUUCAUGCACAACGUGCUGCAUGACUGGCCCGACGCAACAGCCCAGAAGAUCCUGCGCACGCUGGCGCCCGCCAUGGAGCCGGGCUACUCGCGGCUGCUGAUCCACGAGUCGCUCGUCAGCAGCGAGCGGCCCCUGUCGCGAGUCACUGUCUCGGACAUCACCAUGAUGGCCUGCCUGGCGGCCGCCGAGCGCUCGGAAGAUCAGUGGCGCGAGCUGAUUGCCAGCGCGGGCAUGAGGCUGGUCAAGAUUUGGCGCCCUGUUGAGUCGGUGGAGAGUAUCAUUGAGGUUGAGGUGGCUUGA